AUGUCGUCAAGCACUAGACAUUUAUUGGAGCAGUCCGUUGCAGAAUUAGAUGAUUUGCAGAAAAAGGGCCUCUUUGAGCGCAAAGAGAUCACCAUGAUCAUGCGUAGAAGAACCGAUUUCGAGCACAGAAUCUUGGGAAGAGGUGGAAAAGCCCGGGAUUUCUUGAAGUAUGCGGAGUUUGAGAUGAACUUGGAGAAGCUUCGUUUGAAACGUUUCCACAGACUUAGUCUGGUGGGAUUGGUGGACUUGAAGCCUAGCGUGUCUGACUGGGCUGGGUUCAAGAGAAUAGUGUACAUUUUCGAUAGAGCUACGAGAAGAUUUCCUGCUGACCUCGAUAUUUGGACUAGAUAUAUCCAAUUUGCGAAAGAAAAGGAUGCCAUCAAGAUUGUGUACCGUGUAUACGCAAAGCUCUUGCAAUUGCAACCACGUAAUGUGGAUGCUUGGAUUUCUGCUGCCAAGUACGAGUUCGAGACAAACUACAAUGCCAAAGGUGCUCGUGACUUGUUCCAACGUGCUUUGCGUUUGAACCCUGAAAACGAGAAGCUCUGGUUGACAUAUGCUCAGUUUGAGUUGACCUAUGUCUCCAAAUUGCUUGCAAGAAGAAAGGUUUUGGGUCUCAUGACUGAAAAACAGCAGCAAGAUGAUAUACAGGCACAGCGUAGUGAGUUAGAAUCACGUAUUGCCAAGAUGGAUGAAAUUGAUGAGGCCAAUGAUAAUGACGGUCUUGAAGCCAAUAAAGAUGUCAUCGGACUAGAUUCCGACAAGGACGCCAUGCAAAGCGAAUUGGCACAAUUGCCAGAAGCCGAUAUGAACGUUUUGGGUAAUCCCGACCUGAACCCUGUUCUUAAAGGUGACAUCGCCCUCACUGUUUUUGACUUGUGUGUGAGUGAAAUGAUGAAACAUGUUGACAGAGCAUCCAGAGAAGCGGAAACUUUCCGUAUUGCUGAAGACUUUUUCUCAAUGUUUUCCAAGUUUGACAACAUGAACAGAGACUACUUGAAUUACCAUGUCUUAGCAUACCUACAGACACAUUACUCUUCCAAUAUCAAGACUACUCUCAUUGACAUAACUUUGCCGCUCCGGAACGUCGCCGUUGGUGAUCAGAAUUUGGCAGAAGCUCUUCAAUUAUCUGUCAACAAAUACAUGGCCUACAAGCUGAAGCUCAAGAGCGCCUCUGAAAAAACUGAACUUUCCAACGUUUUCGUAGCUUACUUGAACGAGAAGUACGUCAACUCCGAGGAAAGUCGCUCAGAACAAGUCAAUGUGCUCUUGAAAGCUAUCAUUCAAAAAUGUCGCUAG